UAAAAAUUCACCCUAAGUAUCAAAUUUAGAAACCCAUAAAGAAAGGUGUGCAUAACUCAUACCAAACAUUUGGACAUCGAAUAAAAUUAGGUUUAAGGUAUAUGAAUUUGGAAUGGGCAAAACACAUAUCUUGUGUUUGAUAAAUUGCUAACUUCAAUUCAAACUCAUACCUCAAAUUUCAAGAGGUAAGAGAUGGAAUUUAGAAACUACAGGGUGUGGUUAGAGUUAAAUUGUCAAGUUUUCAAGCUUUGACAUAAAGUACCAUUUUACAUAGUACUUUGAUUCUCGAUUCCAAAUCCAUACGGCUAUACCACUUAAAUAAGUCGGAACCUGAUUCGACCCGAAAAAAAUCUGAUUUUGAUAUCAACUCGCAUGAAUACAAUAAUUUAGCAUGACUUAAGUUUAAAAUUAGAGCCGAUCAAACCUGACCCAGACAUUUGAAUUAACCACUCUAAUAUGGUAUUAUGGUCAUACGGUAAUAUGGUACGGCUAUACCCCGUGCCAUUGUGAGAACAAGGACAUAAAAAUACUGACCCACAAGCAGCCCAUCGAAAAGCACUCCUACCGCCUACGUGUCGCUGGAACACAAAUCAAGUAAAAAAAAAAAAAUUCAAUCUUUAAGCGAAACUUCGACAAAAUAACCGCUUCCCCUGCAAUUUCUUCAUUCUUCACUCACAUCCACCCUUAAAAUUCCAACCCAGAAUUUUAUGGGUUGAGAAGAUUUAUUAUAAACAGCUUCAAGGAUGACAGCUGCACAACUUUGUGGUGGUAAAAUCUCAACAGCAUUUUCUAGCACUAGGAGAAGAUGGAGCAAGGCAGCCAGGUCAAGUUCUAUGGGCCGAUCAUGUGGAUUUCGUUCUUCAGUUUCAUUGGCUAAUCGAAAGAGUCCUGAAGAUGUAUCGGGACUCUGCUAUAUGUAUGCUGACAGAAGAAAGCUGUCUCAGGAAACUAUUAUUCGUCGUAGAAAGCCUUUUCAGAAUGUGACAUAUAGCCUGUUGGGUUCAGAUUGCAGUGUUGAGCCUUGUGAUGUGGAGGAGGAGCCUCAUGAUAUAGUGGAGAGUGCUGCAGAGGAGAUUACUUUGGAAAAUGAUGAUGGUGUUAAUGGUUUAAGUGAGCCUUUAUUUCAGCCCUCUAUACAUUUGCCUCCUUCGAAUGUGAAACGAGAGCUUAUAAUGCUUUCUUUGCCGGCAUUAGCUAGCCAGGCCAUUGAUCCUAUGGCGCAGCUGAUGGAGACAGCUUAUAUUGGCAGUUUAGGUCCUGUAGAACUUGCAUCUGCUGGUGUUUCAAUGUCGAUCUUUAACAUCAUUUCAAAGCUAUUCAACAUACCACUUCUAAGUGUUGCAACUUCUUUUGUAGCUGAAGAUAUAGCGAAGUCUUCUUUAGACGGUCAUGAAGAAUUCGAAAGAAAGCAGUCAGUUUCUACAGCACUAUUCCUUGCUUUAAGCAUUGGCAUCAUUGAGGCUCUAGCUUUACUUUUUGGAAGUGGAUCAUUCCUCAGUUUAAUGGGUGUCUCACCAGUUUCUCCCAUGCGACUACAAGCAGAAAGAUUUUUGUCACUUAGAGCUCUUGGUGCCCCUGCGGUUGUACUUUCUUUGGCUCUUCAGGGUGUCCUAAGGGGCUUCAAGGACACAAAAACCCCUGUAUACUGUUUAGGUGUCGCUAAUCUUGCAGCCGUUUUUCUGUUCCGACUUUUUAUAAAUUAUUUUCAGAUGGGUGUCACUGGAGCAGCCACUGCCACUGUUGUGUCUCAAUACAUUGGUAGCUUCUUGAUGAUUUGGUAUCUUAGCAAGAGAGUAGUAUUAUUACCUCCAAAAUUUGGAGACCUGAAGUUUGGGGUCUAUUUGAAGUCUGGUGGAUUUCUUAUUGGAAGAACUCUGGCUGUUCUGAUAACUAUGACAAUUGGGACCUCAAUGGCUGCUCGUCAAGGUCCUCUAGCCAUGGCUGCUCAUCAAAUCUGUAUGCAAGUGUGGCUGGCUGUCUCUCUUUUAACUGAUGCAUUAGCGGCAUCUGGUCAGGCUCUGGUUGCUACUUCCUUGUCAAGAGGUGACUACGAUACUGUUAAAGAGCUAACUAAUUUUGUUUUGAAGAUUGGGAUAGUUACUGGUGGUGCUUUAGCCGUGAUUUUGGGAUCAUCUUUUGGUUCUUUAGCGAAUUUGUUCACAAAGGAUCCUGCAGUAUUACAGAUUGUAAAAUCUGGCACUUGGUUUGUCAGUGCAAGCCAGCCACUCAACUCUUUAGCUUUUAUCUUUGACGGUCUGCAUUUUGGAGCGUCAGACUUCUCAUAUGCUGCUUAUUCCAUGAUGUUGGUAGGGGCAAUUUCGUCGGCCAUCCUUCUCUAUGCUCCCUCAGUGAUGAAACUUUCUGGUGUUUGGCUCGGAUUGACCCUCUUUAUGGGCUUGCGCAUGGCUGCAGGAUAUUUCAGAAUUUUCUCAAGGAAUGGUCCAUGGUGGUUCUUGCACAGAAACUCGCAGCAAAUUCCGGGCUUUAAUUAACUUGACUGAAAUAGUCGGCAACAAUGACCCGAGUGGUACAAAAAUUCAACUCUUCAAAAUUUUCCGUAGGUAAUUACUGUACAGUUGAUUGGUUUUAGUACGUGGAUAGGUAAAUGCCAUUACAAAUUAGUAAAUUUACAGACAUCAUAGCAGGGCAAAGUUUUGAUAAUGUGCUACACUGUAAUAACUAAUUUGAAUGUUUAUUACAUUCAGAAAGGAUUAGUUAGUUUCACGUUCUCUGUAGUUCCAUGCAUCUACUACAGAGGUCUAAUCUCUGCGUUUUUUCUUUCCCUGCGCCUGUUAUCCUUUGUUUUCGGUAAGCUGACUGCGAGCAUAAUGGCAUUUGUAAUUCAUUCAGUUGUUAUGCAUCAAGUUAUUUUCCUGCAAAAUGCCUAUGUAUAAGUUUCAGUACUACAUUUUGCUUAAAAAUCUGGUUAAUUAUGGGCCA